CUGACAGGAAGUGACGCCGCCGGGAUGACAACAGCCACAUCGUUGUGUUGUGGACGGGCUCACUGAGAUGGCAGAUCUGUCUUUGUAUCUGACUAAUGUGAACGUUUCCCUGGGGCAAACUAUGGAAACUGAUAAGAGUCCAGUACGGAUGACAGAAUUUGAGAGCGUGGAGAUGGGCGACUCUCCAGAAAGGCAGGGGACGGUAAAGGUUCCCCGCAGAACCAUCUACUUUGCCAGUGGAGAGACCAUGGAGGAGUUCAGCACUGAUGAAGAAGAAGAGGAAGAACCUUUGAAGACAGAAGUCAUUACUGUAGAUCCGUCCAAACUGACCUGGGGUCCAUAUUUCUGGUUCCAAACGUGGAGAAUGGCUACUUCCACGAUCUCAGCGUGUGACUACAUGGGAGAGAAACUGGCGUCUCUGUUCGGCAUCACAACUCCUAAAUACCAGUACGCCAUUGACGAGUACUACCGCAUAAAGAAAGAGGAAGAGGAGGAAGAGGAGGAGAACCAUCUAUCUGAGCUGGCAGAGCAGCGGUUUGCUGAGCAGCAGGAUGAUCUUCGUCCUGCUCGGGUGGAGCAGCCUGAAGCGUCUGGAGCUUCCUUUGUAAACAUUAGCUUUGAGCUGGAACCUGAGCCUCCUAUCAACGCUGCAGACACAAACAGAGUCCCGUCUCCCCUCCCCUCCUGAAGACUGACACACUAACAUUCACACAUUUCUAUCAGCUUGCAAAAACCUUAAUCUACCUAGCUGUGUAGUAAAAUAACACGUUAUUUUUCUAUGUUUUUAUUUAAAAGAAACAGAUUCAAGUACAAAGCACAUGAGAAACUGAAAGGGCUGUUGAAGUGUCUGCACUGGCCUUACCUGUAAAUGUUGAUUUGUGUAUAGUGUAAAAUCAUAUGCAAGACUAAGACAUAUCUGUUAACUAUUUUUUGAUUAAGCUUCACAGGGAUUUAGGGAAACAAGUGCUCAAUUCUAACGAGAAUCAGACACCUAGCUCUGUUUUUAAAUUGAUUCAUGGUGGAGGGAAAUCAGCACUGACCUGAAGAGGAGAGAGUGAAUUUACCUCACCACCUUACCAGAGAUAAGGAGCCGCUGACACAUGCUCCAACCACUGACAACAUGUUGAGAUAUCUAUGCAAUGUAAAGCAGCUCCUGUAAACUCCUGGUACUGAACAUUUCUGGUCUUAGUCUCUGUGUGUCUUGUCUCUGACAAAGUUGUCUGCACCUCCACAUGUGCGUCUGCCAAGCUGGUUCCUCUCUGAGUUUCAGCUGUGAUGAUCAGGAGGGAUUGAUGACACUGGGAACACGUUAUAUCCUUUAAUCCAGCCUGUCAUGGCUGUAUGGUCAUCUGCGUUUUUAUAUUACGAGUACAUGUUUCAAAUCCUCCCACAGUCCAAAAACAUGCUCACCAGGUUAAUUGGUCACUCUAAAUUGUCCGUAGGUGUGAGUGUGUGCGUGAAUGGUUGUCUGUCUUUCCGUGUUAGCCCUGUGAUAGGUUGGCAACCUGUCCAGGGUGUACCCUGUCUUCCGCCUGAAGCCAGCUGGGAUAGGCUCCAGCCCCCCCGUGACCCCUAACGGGAUAAGCAGUCAAGAUAAUGGAUGGAUGGAUGGAUUGAUGUUUCAAAUCUGAUGAGGAUGGACAGAUAGCAUAGAAAUCACUCGUAUCAUUGACUGAUACCUGACAAGUUAAUUUUCACUGUAUUUGGUAAUGCACAAAUACAUUUAGCUCUGAAUCUUCAAUUUUUUCAACUUACAGAGGCUUUAAAGUUGAUCAUAAUAUACAGUAUAGCCAUGCCUCUGCUGUCUGUUAGUCAUUAGAAUCACACACAGGCUAAAUUACUUCCUGCUCUUUGAAUAUCACAGGCUCCAAAGUGUAGAAGCAAAUCCUGCGACUCUGGUCUGUUCAUUAACUUUACAUUGUGAUGCGGAAACAACCUUGAUACUACAAGCACAGCGCUUGUGUUUUAUUGCCCAGAACUAAUCCAGGUCACUUUACGUGAAGAGGAACUAACACUUCACACUCAGUACCGUGGUAGAAAUCAGGAUGAGCAGGAAAUCUACGUACGAUAGGUGAAUUAAUACAAACUUUCUUGCAAUUAAGCCAACAUUAACUUAAGCUUUUCAACUGAUGAGGAGACAAUUCAGCUACUUAAAUAAAAAGCUCAUGCCAACGGUC